ACUAGAAGUAUUUGUUUUUUUUACUGCGCGUCAUUUUGCAAGUAUUUGUCAAAUUGUCAGAGAGAAUUGUGAAUUUAUUUCAAUUUUAUGUGUCUUGCAUUCAAAUUUCCAUUUUUUUCUCUUAGAAAAUAAUAUCAAACCGUCGCUGAAUGCAUCGUAAACGACGAAGUGAUGGGUGCUAAAUCCGCUCUUAAAUUGAGAAACAGGGGGAUCGCCCAUAAAUGCGAUAUAUGUGGUCGCAAACUUAUGACUCCCGACGCUUUGGAGGUACAUCUUAGAACAACUCAUAAUAUUAUAAAACGACGUGGAAGGCCCCCUAAAGUCCGCAAUGUAGUUAAAACGACUAAAACACAGCCAAAACCACUUGAAGAGGUGAACAUUGAUGCGCCACCGAUGCCUGCUAGGGUUGUAAUGGCAAACAUGAGGAAUAAAGUGGAGUUCGAGUGUCCGAAAUGUUUUAAAGCCUUCCCAACGUAUUUCCCCGCGCUUAAACACAUACAAAAAUAUCAUUGUGUCAAUAAGCAAGGUAUACCUGUAGAACCGCACGACGCCACGCUGAUCCAACCGGAGCGUUUGGAGGAAUGCACCAAAUGCAAGCUGAAAGUGAGGUCGAUACACACACACCGAUGUCAACCGCUGACACAGAACAUGGGCACAGAGCUGUUUGUGUGUGCGGCCUGUGAUGAAUGGUUUCCUAAUCUGGACACAUUCAACACACACGUCGUGAGCUCACAUUCCGAAUAUGAGAGUCUGUUCUUCCCGACUAGUCUGGAAUUCAUAAGAUGGAAAUCUGAUGUGGAGCAGCAGACGGGCGUGAACUACGCCAUCUUGCAACGCAACGAAUCGCGGAUGUACUACCACUGCAGCUAUGUGAGGGACACCAGAGAGAACACCGGCACCCACCACCACAUCUGCCCCUCCAUUAUUGACAUACAGGAGUUUACCAACGGCCUCCAAGUCCACUUCUACCACCGCCACUACACGCACAGCCCGUGCCCCUACCAGCUGCCUCAGCAGUUCAGCAAAUACUGCAUCUCGCCGUACCUGGCGCGCACCGACGACUACAAGAGCGUCUGCCAGCUGGCGCCCGACGACGGCGACAUGUACAUGCAGUUCAAGCGGCUCAUGGAGGGCAUCAUCGUCGACGCCGCCAAGAUUGAUGUGGAGACGCUGCGGGUUAUAUUGGGUAAAGCGUUAGAAAUCACAUCAAUACUGAGCAACUACGACGAAGAAAUGGACGACAUGCCAACAGUUUCAAUGAAAACGAAACAAUUGCUGACCGACAAUGACAUAAGUAGAAUGCUAGAACAACCGCUGUCGUCACGCAAAGUUGUCAUGCCGACAACAGUUGCCAACAUCCGUGUCAAAGAGGAGGAUUCCCCUAAAAGAAAUACAGACGAGCCAGCAGUUACUUUGGAGGUCAAACGUGUGAAAUUCAAUGAAACAGAUGAAGUGACGACACCUGCACCGAAGAUAUUAAACUCCUAUUCAUUGGCUGGUGCUUUGAAAAACUGCAAACAAUCAAAGAACGAUAAGCAAUCAAUGCUUGAGGAAAUAGACACCAAAACAGAAACAAAUGAUGAUUCGACGCCUUCAUCGUUCAAUGAUUCGUACAAACAUUUCGUCGUUAAAAACUUUCCAAACAUGGAAUCCAUAGCAUCUAGGACUCGGAGUAAACCGGUGAUCAAAACUCAGUUAGGUCAGUACAAACCGAAUCCAAUAUCACCGAAAGCUGAUGAUAAAAAACAUAUGCAAGUAAAACCGGAUGAUGCCAAAGUUAAGCCAAAAGAUGAUGAAACGAAACAGAUGGAAAUAAAAUUUGUCAAAUUGAUCACCGAAGAGCCCAAACAAAAUGUUGCACCUAAAUUUACACAGAAAUUAAUCAAAGUGGUGGAACCAACCAAAAUUGAGGAUAAAACUAAAACGCCGGUUCAACCGUCAACUAAAAAUUCAGUUUCUUUAAUUAAAAAUACAGUUUCUUCACCUAAAAAUACAGUUUCUUUAACUAAAAAUACAGUUUCUUCAACUAAAAAUACAGUUUCCUUAACUAAAAAUACAGUUUCUUCACCUAAAAAUACAGUUUCUUUAACUAAAAAUACAGUUUCUUCACCUAAAAAUACAGUUUCUUCAACUAAAAAUACAGUGACGCCAACAAAAAUUGUUGAAGAAACGAAACCCGAUGUCAAACCAGAGAAACCAGUAAAACCAACAAAGAAUGUGGACGUUUCAAAAAAAAUUACUCGAAACAGUUCCAAGACAGAAGUUCAAGGAAAUUUGGAUAAAAGUAUAAAGAAAGUUGAUUUCGAAUACGAAGUCAAAGAGCAAGCGGAUGAUUGCAAUAUUUUGAUUUUGAAAUUUUGAAAAUCUGUUGAAACAGGUUUAAAAGAGCUAAAAUGAAAAUCUGUUAAAAGAGCUAAAAUUUAUGACUGGUCAUGACAUUUUGAGAGACUAAACAUAAAAAAACCAUUAAAAACAUGCAAUUCGAGUGGAUUUCGAAUAUGAAGUCAAAGACGAGGCGGAAAAUAACAAAAUUUUAGAUUUUUGAUUCAUGAUUAUUGUUAAUCAGCAGAAAUAACUUUUAUAUACAAACUAAUUUAAAUUAACUCAAAUCAAGCCAAAGCAAUACAGAAUUCUUAAAACAGUAUCUAGAAAUAACCAAAAUUUAAGAACAUAUUAAAAAUGAUGUUCAAAAAAAGUCCAUUUUGAAUAUGAAGAAAGCAGGAUUUAGAUCCACUCAAAAGUGACGCUAUGCGUUUAAUCAGUAAUUAGUUUUUAUUUAUAUCUAUAUAAAUAGUGGAUUAAAAAACCUGUAAUAGCCACACUUUCCACAUAUCAUAAAAGCUGCAAAAGUGAAUGCCCAGGCCUACCCUAAGCGCCCGGCAAUUUACUUAUAUCUAAAAAAAAACCUUGAUUAUUUUACUUUAAUAAUGAAAUCAUUACUAUAUCAAAAAAAGUUUGCUACAACGAUUUACGACAUUUUUAAUUUGACCCAAAUGUGGAUAAGCAAAGAUCGUUGACCAUACAGCCCAUGUUUUACGACAUUUUUAAUUUGACCCAAAUGUGGAUAAGCAAAGAUCGUUGACCAUACAGCCCGUGUUUUACGACAUUUUUAAUUUGACCCAAAUGUGGAUAAGCAAAGAUCGUUGACCAUACAGCCCGAGUUUUACGACAUUUUUAAUUUGACCCAAAUGUUGAUAAGCAAAGAUCGUUGACCAUACAGCCCGAGUUUCACGACAUUUUUAAUUUGACCCAAAUGUGGAUAAGCAAAGAUCGUUGACCAUACAGCCCGAGUCUUACGAUAUUUUUAAUUUGACCCAAAUGUGGAUAAGCAAAGAUCGUUGACCAUGCAGCCCGAGUCUUACGAUAUUUUUAAUUUGACCCAAAUGUGGAUAAGCAAAGAUCGUUGACCAUGCAGCCCGAGUCUUACGAUAUUUUUAAUUUGACCCAAAUGUGGAUAAGCAAAGAUCGUUGACCAUACAGCCCGAGUCUUACGAUAUUUUUAAUUUGACCCAAAUGUGGAUAAGCAAAGAUCGUUGACCAUACAGCCCGAGUCUUACGAUAUUUUUAAUUUGACCCAAAUGUGGAUAAGCAAAGAUCGUUGACCAUACAGCCCGAGUCUUACGAUAUUUUUAAUUUGACCCAAAUGUGGAUAAGCAAAGAUCGUUGAAAAUACAGCCCGAGUCUUACGAUAUUUUUAAUUUGACCCAAAUGUGGAUAAGCAAAGAUCGUUGACCAUACAGCCUGAGUUUUACGACAUUUUUCGAAGACUUAUUGGUUGUUUUGUUUGUUGAGCUUGUUGCUAACAGAAAAAAUCAUUUUUAAUCGGUUUACUGACGAUAGUUAAACGUGACAACGUCAUAAGAAAAUACUGAUAUCGUUGCUAUAAACAAUUGACACCACAUUCACUUUUCACUGCACUUCAUACUUGACGAAAACAUGUCAAUGUAUUAUUGUGUAGCAGCUGUCCGUUCCGCGCUCUCGCUUGCACUUCCAAGCCUUAAAUGGAACGCCUCAGAGCGAGGUAACGCCGCAUGAGUCAUGUAGCGUGCGUGCAGCCGGCUCCAUCGAAUUAUAAGACGUUGUCACGUCAAGUUUAAAAUGUUACUUUGACGCUUUAGUACAACUUUUUGAGCAAGAAGAGUGAAAAAAAAAUGAUAUUUUUAUUCAAAACCAUACUUUUAUUAUACUAAUCCUUUAACCAGAUCCUUAUUUAAACAUCAUAAAAUCAUCUCUAUAUACUUUUAUACGUGGGUAUACCUGGGUUCCGACGUUGUAUUGAUCGGUGGGCAUUCUCCUUUAUGAUUGAAUCUUUACGGCCUGUCUAAAGUUUUCAUACUUUGGUGCCCGAUAACUUUUCGUCAUCGACGCAUAUUCGGCUCAGUGCUAAGCUCGAGUCUCCUCUCAGAAUGAGAGGGGUUAGGCCAAUAGUCCACCACGCUGGUCCAAUGCGGAUUGGCAGACUUCACACACGCAGAGAAUGAAGAUAAUUCUCUGGUUUGUAGGUUUCCUCACAAUGUUUUACUUCACCGUUUUACAACUUUUAUAAAAUGUGGGAGAUAUGGCUACUACAAGCUCUGCUUGUUCUGUAAAAUAAUAAAUAGAUUAGAAAGUUUAUUUUUGGUUGUAGAUAUUUUUAAUUUUAUUAUGUUUUUCUAACACUUUAAUGGAUCCACAUUGUAAAAACUGUUUGGGAGUUUUUUUUUUUUAUAUUUAUUAUAUCGUUUAAAAGAUUAGGGUCAACGCACAUUUUGGACGGCGGAAUAGGGUAGUUGACUCAUAUCAAUUUUUUUUUUUUUUUUCUUUUUUUUAUUCUUUACAAGUUAGCCCUUGACUACAAUUUCACCUGAUGGUAAGUGAUGAUGCAGUCUAAGAUGGAAGCGGGCUAACUUGUUAGGAGGAGGAUGAAAAUCCACACCCCUUCCGGUCUCUACACGGCAUCGUACCGGAACGCUAAAUCGCUUGGCGGUACGUCUUUGCCGGUAGGGUGGUAACUAGCCACGGCCGAGGACUCCCACCAGCUAGACCUGGACAAAUUAAGAAAAUCUCAAACUGCCCAGCCGGGAAUCGAACCCAGGACCUCCGUCUUGUAAAUCUACCGCGCAUACCACUGCGCCACGGAGGCCGUCGAAAUUUAAUAUGAACAAUAUUAAUUUCGCAUAGUGCAUGGAAUAACGGUCCGAAUUAUAACGAUAUCAAUUUAAAAAGUUUAGGAUUUCUUAUAAAACAUAAUUUAAUAAAUCAUGUAUUUUUUCAAAUUUUCCAUACGUCAAAAACGCUGUCGUCCAUUUUCUGACGUCACAAUGUUACUUGAUGUACUAAACGUCUUACUAAUUAUUAACUAACAUUUUUGCCAACGCUCCCUUUGUAAAGGAUUUGUUAUAGUGACGUCAUGAAACAGUUGAAAUAUAGACCGUCAUGGCCGACAGCGUUUUGGCUCGUACUGUCAAAAAAAUUUUUUUAUGUAAUCACGUUUCGAAAAAAUAUAAUAUUUAUUUUCAAUCUAGUAGAACGAUGAUCAAUUUAAGUCCAUUUAAAAAUCGAGUCAACUAGCCUAUUUUUGAAAAAAAAAAAACAUUGGUUUUAAAAUCCUCUGCCGUCCGUGCAAUGUGCGCUGGCCAUUAUGGCGUAAUAGUAAAGGCAAUUAAAUAAAGUAUAAUAGGAAUUUUUAAUUUUGUACAAUUUGUACAAAUAGUGCCUGCCUUAGUUUUAGUCUUUGUGCACACCACUGUGCUAAGGCUUCAUUUGUUAUUCAUGAUCAUUCUGGCUGUAUAAUUUUAUUUUAAUUAUUAAAUUUAAUAAUGUUAAACAGUGUAAUUUUGAAUCCAUGGAGACAUCUAUGUAUAAAAUGUAUUAUUUGACUGUUAGAUGUAAUUUUGUAUUUGUAUUAUACAUUUAAUUAUAGAAUAGAAAUAAAGGAUUUUUUUUUUCAUUUUA